AUGCCUCCUCAGUCCAACCUACCAGGAGCCAGUAUCUCAACGACUACUACUCCUAAUGGAGCUCUGCACAAGCAACCUACUUCUGGAUUUACCGUCUCUAAGGGCGAUUGGGGUCAUAAAGCUGGACAAUUCGAUAUCAAGUAUCCAAAAGGUCCGACAGACGGAGGUGUGACUCAGGAGAUAUUCGGUACCAAAGUGCAAGUUCCUUGGAGAUCGUUGGAGGAAUUGGAUAGUGAAGUUACUACGAAAUUUGUUAAAGAACAAAAUAAAUUAUCCAUACCGAUACUCACGGAUCACCCUCUUCGUCAUAAAUUGGAGAAAGCGGUGGAAGGGAUAUACAACCAUGAACGAAUGGAUACCCCUCAACUCCAAGCUGAUGGUUACUAUUAUUGGAAUUUCAAUAAAGGUAAUUGGCCUAGAGAUAUUUUGGUCAGAUCGAAAGAUUUGAAGCAACAUUUCGGUAAAAGUCCUUUACAAGACGACGGAGAUGGGCCAGAGAUAUUUUUCGAUUUGAAUAAACAAGAUACGGAAAAUGUUUCGAUGUACGCUCAUAGUUUUAGUCCAAGUGGGAAACUGUGGGCUGUAGUAUUACAAAAUUCCGGGAGUGAUUGGCAAACUAUCAGGGUAUUUGAUACCACCACCAAGCAAUCGGUUGAUGUCGAUGUGGGAGGAUCUAAAUUUACGUUCGGAGUGACGUGGAUAGGCGAAGAGGGAUACAUCUACAAACGAAUUAUCGGUUAUAACGAUGAUGAACCUUCCCUGGCUGAUGGAGCAUAUGCGAUGUUCUAUCAUCGAGUUGGACAACCUCAAUUGACCGAUGUAGCCGUUCUACCAUUCACGGGGGAAUUCCACGAACAUUUCGUUGGUAAAGCAUUCACAGUAUCCUCCGAUCAUUCUACUUCACCUACCAAGAGGACUUUCCUCACAUUUGAUAUUUACCGAAACACCAACCCUGAGACUGAAUUGCUCAUUGUGGAGCUACCAGGUGGACCAAGGGAAGUAGAUGGUCAGAUCAUAGCUGAUUUGGUCAAGGACAAGAGGAAGUGGGUUACAAGAGGAUUUACAGGUGAAACCAGAUACAUUGGCUCUAUCGCAUCUGACAAACAUUUCUUCUACUCAACUGCCGACGGUCACCCCACCGGACGAAUCAUGACCUCCGAUACGGAUGACUGGGAUAGCACACCUGCCGACGGAACACUUCCCUUGAAAGAAUUCGUACCGGUCGAUGCGGAAGGACAUCAACUACACAACGCUCAAGUUAUCGGAAGUAAAUUACUCAUGUUAAUAUAUCUCAAACAUGCUUGUGCUUCCGUCAAUUUCUACAACGCUCUGACGGGUGUCAAACUUGGUUUUACCAAUGCUGUGGAGACUAAAGGGAAUAUCGAACUGGAUCCAAAAAUCGAAGUGCCCGUACCGGAAGAGGAAUUUGAGAUUGCCAAAGAUUCAAAUUCAAAAGUGAUCAUACCUGAACAUGGAUCAAUUAAACCGAUUUCAAGCCGAUACGAUUGGGACGAUUUUUACUUCUCGGUUGAUACUUGGGUUGCUCCCUCUUACGUCUUAAAUGGUAAAAUUGUCAAUGACGUCCAAGGUGAAUUAGAAGUUGAUAUCAGUAGUAUCAACACUGCUACGAAUCAAGAAGAUCAAGAGAACUUGAUAUGUACUCAAGUAUUCUAUGAUUCUCACGAUCAAACGAAAAUCCCAUUAUUCAUUUGUCAUCCUCAUGAUUUGGAUUUGAGCAAACCUCAUCCUACGCUCUUACAUGCCUAUGGAGGGUUCUGCGCACCGAUGAUACCUCACCAUGACGCUUUCUUCGCAUCUUUCAUGAGAAAUCUCAGAGGAAUCGUCGCAAUCGCUGGUAUUCGAGGGGGAGGUGAAUACGGCAAAAGAUGGCAUGACGCUGCUAAAGGAAUCAAAAAAUCCGUUGGAUGGGAUGAUUUCUCCUAUGCUGCCAGAUACCUUCAAGCCAAGGGUCUGACCACUCCCGAGUUGACUUCUAUAUACGGUACUUCGAAUGGUGGACUGUUGGUUACGGCUUGUUCCAACAGGUUUCCGGAACUGUUCAAUACGGUCUUUGCAGAUGUGGCAAUAACUGAUUUGAUCAGGUAUCAUAAAUUCACUUUGGAAAUUCAAUCGAAACAUCUACCUACGAAAGACAACAAUGUGAUUUUAGGCAGAUUGUACGAAAAUGCAGGACAUGAAUUAUCGGCUAAGAGUUUAGAGAAAAAGGUGGAAGAAGUCACGGAUAGAUUGAUAUUCACUUUGCUUACUAUGAAACCUUGA